UUUUUUUUUACUUUCUCCAUCUAUUCAGGACCAGUCUGAAGUUCCAGUUCUUCGAACCUGAUCUCAAAUUUGUGAAACAUGAAUAAACUGGAAAAGCCACUGUCUACACUGUGGGGUUGUGAACUCCGUGAGUCAAAGAGAGAGGAAACAUUCAAAACAGAUGACACAAACCACCAACAUCAACUCGCACUGAAAACUAUGUGUCUGGGUGCAGGUGCCAAAGAAGAGUUCAACAUCGUGGCGUUGAUUACCGGAGAACCAGAUAACGGCAAGGGCAUACCCAUGGCGACCCUGCACGCCAACGGCAUGCCCACGGUCAAUCUGUCCGGGAUAGACCUGCACCCUCCUGUAACCUUCCAGCUGAGGAGUGGCACUGGACCGGUCUACAUCUGUGGGGAACACGUGGCCUUGGAGGAUGACUUCUCAGGAAUGGAUAGUGGUGAUGAGGAGAUGGAGGAAGAGGAGGAGGAAGAUAUUGAGUCUCCUGUGAAGCCUGUUAAGAAAGCAACUGCCAAGAAUGCAAAUGUUGCAGGCAAAAGAAAGAAGCCAGAGGAAGCAGAUGAACCUGCAUCAGAUGAUGAGAAAAACCCUCCUAAAAAGGGAAAGGGUAGAGGAAGAGGCAGGGGAAAGUGAUCCAGGGUGUGGCCCCAUGGGCCUGUUGCAGUUCUGUUUGGCCAAGGUUCUGUCAAUCAACUGUUGGGUUUCUAUCUACCUGGUCAUUCUUGCAUGGAUCAAACUAUUUAAUCUAAGGCUGUUUAUCCUGUACAUGUUGUCAGUGCUUUGUAAAUCAUUUGAAAGGCAUAGUUUUGUCCUUGUGGUACUAAUCAGUGUAUAUUAAACUACACUGAACAAAAUAUAAAUGUAACAUGUUAAGUGGUCCUUUGUUUCAUGAGCUGAAAUAAAAAAAAAAUCCCAGGAAUGUUACAUACGCACAAAGCUUAUUCUGUGUACCAAUUUGUUUGUCCAUGUCAGGGAGCAUUUCUCCUUUGCCAAGAUAA